ACUCAGUUCGAUUUAUUUCAUUAUACUUUUGUGCUUUGGAAAGUGCACUAAUAUCAGGAGAAAACAGACGCCUGACAUGAAUUCACGAUGUUUGCGGUAAAACAUUUAAUUGCUACUGUAAUAAUAGCGAUAACCAUUUCAAAAGUAACGGCAGAAAAGUGCGAAAAAAUUAAAAUAGGCAACGAAUACUACAAGCGACAAUUGAUAGCGACCAUUGAUGGCUACCCAACAGGAAUAGUCAUCGACCCAAGAACGGAACACAUAUUCUUUAUCCUACACAAAAAGAACUACACAAAAGGCAUUUACCUUCUAAGACAUGGAUCGCUGGGAAUCAAGGAACUACCUGUUUCUGAUGAUUUUAUCGGCCAAUGUGUUGGCGUGGAUGCUGUAAACAAUAUCAUUUAUAUAGGAACCAAUCAAGGAUUGCUUACAUACGAUUAUUCUCACUCAGAGAUCACAGCUGAGAGACCAGUAGGAGAUGACGAUGUACGUAGCAUAUUUAUUGACAGAGUUGAUAAUCAAAUGUACAUAACAACUGGAGUAAACCACGAAAUAUUUCGUUUUAUAAACGGAUCAGCCGCUGUUAAAAGAUACGAUAGAAUACCAAAAGCGUACAACUUCGUUUUAGACAACAAAGGUAACGCUUUUUACGAAUACGUUGAUGGUAAACUGUAUUUCUUCUCAUCUGAUUUGUAUGAACCUAUACAGUAUAAAGGAUUUACUAGAGAGUUGAAAUAUGUACUGCGUUUAAGUAUUCAUGAUGAAGCAAUCGUUGCUGUGAAAGGAUCUCUUUUCAGGCUCACAACGAGCAGUAUAUUACCUGUUAAAAUUGGUCAACUUGGUUUCAAAAUUACUGGUAUGGCGUUUGAUCACAGAAAUAAUAUAAUAAUUGGUACUAAGGGUAAGAUUUAUAGGUUUAGGCCCAUUGAUACAAACGAUCCCUGUCCACCUGAUGAUUAUUUUAUGAGCGGCAUUUGAUUUACUUGUAAAAUAAAUGUAUUUGGAUGAAAUGAUGCUGUCUUUGGAUUAAAGAAGUUAUGAUUAAAAACAA